CCUACGGCAGGAUGAGUGGGAUCCUGAAGAGGAAGUUUGAGGAGGUGGAGGUGGACAGCCCCUCCCCCUGCCUCUCUCUCCGGGGUUCCGAUGACGAGGUCUCUGCCGGCAGCGACAGCGGGAACAGCAGCGAUAGCGUCAACCCAGGCACUUCCACCCCCGUCGCCCCCUCCUCUAUCUUGAGGUGUGAGAAGCGUCUGCGGGUACGCAAUGUGCACUUUGAGAGCGUGACGGUGUACUACUUCAGCCGGUGCCAGGGCUUCACUAGUGUGCCCACGCAGGGUGGCAGCACCCUGGGCAUGUCCACACGCCACAGCUGGGUGCAGCGCUACACCCUGGGGGAGUUCGCCGUGGAGCAGGAGAGAAGCCACCGAGACAUGCUGCGAGACCACCUCAAAGAGGAGAAACUCAACUCCAUCAAACUCAAGCUGACCAAUAAUGGCACUGUGGAGUCGGACGAGGCCGAGUCACUGACCUUGGACGACAUCUCAGAGGACGACAUCGACCUGGACAACACGGAGGUGGACGAGUACUUCUUCCUGCAGCCGAUGACCACCAGGCGGCGCCGCGCUCUCCUCCGGGCGUCUGGGGUGCGACGCAUUGACGUGGAGGAGAAGCACGAGCUGCGGGCCAUCCGGGUGUCCCGGGAGGAGUGCGGCUGUGACUGCAGGGGGCUGUGCAACCCCGCGACCUGCGCUUGCAGCCUGGCCGGCAUCAAGUGCCAGGUAGAUCGCAUGUCAUUCCCGUGCGGCUGCAGCAAGGAGGGCUGCAGUAACAGCACAGGCCGUGUCGAGUUCAACCCCAUCCGUGUUCGCACCCACUUCCUGCACACCAUCAUGAAGCUGGAGCUGGAAAAGAGCCACGAGCAACAACAACUACAGGUCACCAUUGGUUACCACGGAGAACUACCAGUCAGCGUCCCUAUCCAGCCUGCUCUGCAGUACCCCCUGAUGUCUGACAACAUCCCAGUCCCGCAGGCUCCCAUCAUGCACCUGCCGAGUGCCAGCGACGUGGAGCAGCAUCUAGAAGAGGAAGUGGACGAAGAUGAGGAAGAUGAUGAGGAGGAGGAUGAUGACGAUGGUAGUAGUUUAUGUAGUGGCCUCUCGGACUGCAGCACCGACAGCCUGCACACUAGUGACUCUGAGGAGGAGGAAGAUGACUGUGAGUCUAUGGAGGAGGGGGUGAGUGGACCCGCAGUCUCUCACACAGAGGUGGUCCCUCUCUCCUCUGUGUUGGGUUACAGUGAUGGCACACAGACCAACACCAACCGCGCUAACCCCAACUCAUACUACCACAACCCUUCAUCAGGCUACUACCAGAUGGACAACUCAGCCAAGCUGAACCCCACACCAAAAUCCCCUUGUGAAGCUCCCUCACUCCGCCUCUCACUCCUCAACAGGGAGGGGGCCACCGAUGGCCCCACGGUCGUGUCACAGGAGCAGCCUAAAACCACCUCCGAGCCGCACACAGACCACCUCAGCCAGAUAGAGGGACUGUAUAUGCAUUUCCCCCACACUGACAAAGCACCAGCAGCCAACGCCUGUUCCUCAGCCCUGCAGCAGAGCAACACUCCCCACAGUGGGGAGACUAGUACACUACACCAUGAGCAGCCCUAUCAGACACAGACAGACAUGAACGGUAAUGAUAUUACACUUUCACUGAAGAAUAGCACACGGUCUGAGGUAUCUGUGGGGACGAAGGAGCAGCAAAGCCAAGGGUCUUUCAACGGGCUCGCUGAGGCGUCCUCUCUCCUGCCUGAGAAUGAAAGGGAUCCACCCAUUCUAGAGACUAACACUAGUCACUAGCAGUGUCAGGUAGACUUGUGGCGAGUUCAAUGAAACUGGUUAGUGUGAUAAGUCAAAUAAGCAUUCCUUUGCAGCAAAUUUGCACAUUCGGAUUAAUGUGCUGACCAACUUAAUUAAAGGGAUACUUCAGGAUGUUGGCAAUGAUCGCCUUCUCCAGAUCCAGAUGAACUUGUGGAUACCAUUUUUAUGUCUCUGCGUGUAGUUUAACUAGCGUUAGCGCAAUUGCUAACUAGAGUUAGCGCAAUGACUGGAAGUCUAUGGAAGCCAGAUGUUAGCUGUGACCAUAGACUACCAGUCAUUGCACUAACACUAGUGAGCAUUGGCUUGCAAACCUACCUCUAACUUCCUUCGUACUGGGAUGAAGGAUGCAGAGACAUAAAAAUGGUAUCCUUGAGUUCAUCGGACUGGGACUGGGGAAGUAGAUAAUGGGCUUCAUUGCCAAAAUCCUGAAGUAUCCCUUUACUAGUGAAACUACAUGAUGUCAGUAUCAAUUCAUUUUCUGCACAGGAAUAAUGCUGUUAUUGACCUAUCCUAGAAACCGAGUCGCCAGUUUGAUUGAAUAGAACCUGAAGGACAAUGUUUGUUGUUUUUAACUCCUGAUGAAUGUACCUUUUUAAAGUGAACGAUUAGGUUUCAACGGCAAGUUGUGGGGUUGUUCCUCAGAAGGAUCUUUGCACAUUAUUGCGCACACAGUUUCCAUGUCCUGGUUCUGAAUGUCUAACCUCUAAUGGACAAUGACUAUGAAAUAGUUAGAAUUAAACAAAAUGAUUCCUUGUCGAAUGGGAAAAUGAGAAGAUAAUCACAUUUUAGUUAAACGAAUGAACAAAGAUAGACGGUAGUGCUCGGACGAUAUCAGCAACGCGAUACUUGUUAGUCGCGUGGCAAUGAAACAAAACAUGAUGGCGGCUUUAACUUCUUUAGGAAAACAGCUAUGUUGAAAAUAAACAUUGCUCACAGUAUUUCUAUAUAGCAGGUUUUUAAAAGACCGAAGAGUUUUUUUCUGCUUCAUGUUUAAAUUUUUGCCAUGGAAAAAAGUAUUGCAGUACUGAUAUCGUCACAGCCUUGGUAGAUUUGAUUUGAGCUUUUAUAUGGAGUCAACUGGAAAAUGUAUAUAGCUGCAGUUAACUUAUGACUAUACUAAGUUUAUGUAUAUUUAAUGUGCGUUUUGAUAAUGAGAGCAUGCUGUUGUUAGUACUGAUGACAAAUCAACACGAUCUUGAGGUACUACUAUUAUUAAGCGUUGGUCUCUUGCUGACUUGUGUUGUCUCAUAGAUGUUGAAUACUUUUGCAUGUAUUUUGUUGAAAGGAAAAACACCCUGUUUAAAAAUGAACAUUUUGUUAAAUAUAUAUAUGCAGUGAGAAUGUCAAAAGGAAACAAAUUUGUUUCAAUUUGUAAGUCGCUCUGGAUAAGAGCGUCUGCCAGAUGACUUAAAUGUAAUGUAAAUGUACUUUACAUUAGAUUGGACAGUUAGAUUGGACAAUCCUCCAAGAUACUGUAGUUAGAGCCACAGACUUAUAACCAUCUCUAGUCUUACCACUACAUUUAGGUCCAUUUUCAAUUGGACCAUGAAACUUGGAAAAUGUACGUCGUUUGAAAUCGUUUUAUACAUCUUGCUUUAAUUUCAUGAGACAAGCUAUAUUUUCAGUGCUGCUAUUUUGAUUUGUUAUCGAGCUUUAUUGUCAGAGGACACUGCAGGUGUAUAACAGUGCAGGGAGAACCUUGCGAGCUCUUUCCCAAAAAUGCGUAAUAAUGGUUGUAAUGCAGAUAAAUAAAAACAGGUGAAAUGUGACAGAAGGAUAGAGUUAUAUAACAUUGUUAUAUACAGGUCAGUACAGUACCAGUACUGUUAUUACAGUGUGCAGGGGGUACUGGAGGGAUUGAGGAAGGAAUGGACCUACUCCAUCACGACAUGUUCUUUUUCUCCACUUGCUUUUCUCUAUGUAUCCAGUCUCUUCAUCUAGCCCCUUUAUGGUUCUCCUCGCUCUCUCUCUCACUCUCUCACGCUCUCUUGCCCUCAUGACCUCUCUCUCCUCUCGCCCAUCCUGUGACAUCAUAUCACAUCAGCCAAUGAGGGUGCCAAAGCAUUCAUGUUCAGGUGAUCUAUAGUGAAGUAAGCUACCAGUCUGUACCCAUCUCUGCUAUUCUGCUGUAGAUAUGAUUUGGUAGUCUAUAUUGUGGUCAAUGUGAAAAUGGGUAUUUAUUGUGGUUUAUUCCCGCAGCAGUCUGUUGUGUCAUGAAGGCCUUGAAGUGCACAGAGCUCAUGUUGUUUUUGGCUUUGUCCCAAAUGGCACCUUAUUCCCUUUAUAGUGCACUUCUUUUUAACAAGGAAGUAGUACCCUUAUAGGGUAUUUGGGACACAGACUUCCUGUUCGGGUUUAGUUUUGUUCCAGAAUGUCUCUUUGUUUAUCAAGACUGCCUAGAACUGGGGGCCAAAAAUAGAUUUUCUCUGUUUGUCUCUUCUUUUUUACACCACCAUUUGUUCCUUUUUUCACAAACAUCAGACUUUGAGAAUAAAUAACCAAUG